UUAACUUAUUAUAUGAUAAAUAAAUAAUGAAAAAGACAAAUAAAAGCCACGUGAAACUGGAUUUGCGUGUUCUUAAUUUCCCGUAUUUAUUAUAAUGUUUAAUAAAUAGAAAAUCAGACCACUUCAGUUAUUCACCACUGUCAUGUCAUGGGCUUCUCCCUUCCGUUGUUCUUCAAUGGCUAAAUCUCUCUUCUUCUUCUUCAUCCUGUUUUCCCUACCCAUCAACACUAGCACCAAUCUUCUUCUUCUUCUCACUCUCCAUCGUUUGCCCAUUACCGGUCUUCACCUUCUCCUCAUGUUCCUUCACUCUCUUUUAUAGCUUUCACUCUCCUCGCCGGUUCUCCCGGUAACUUUGGAUACCCUCUUUCUUUCUGUUCAAUUCAUUCUUCAACUUUCUGGAGUACUAGAGGAGAAAGGAGACGCCUUUUUUAUAGACUAACUUUGCUUUAUUCAUUCCCAGGUAAAAAUAGAAAAGCCCGAAGUGUAAUGGACAAAAUUUUCCAUCUCUACCCUCUUCUUACAAAGUAGUUAUCCAGGAUUCUGUUUGGUUGGAAAAGGUGAGAACGAAUAUUCAGCAAUAAUUCAAGAAUCAUCAAAGGCACCCAAUUGAGGCAGUUAAUGUCGAUGGCUUCGGUGUUUUUAUAUCAUGUCGUGGGAGAUCUGACGGUGGGAAAGCCGGAGGUGGUGGAAUUCUGCGAGACUGAAACGGUGGAAUCGGCGAUUCGGGCAAUCGGAGAGUUGAAGGAUUGUGGAAUUCCCGUGUGGAAGAGGAGAUCGCAUGUGGGUAUGAUUGAGAAUACCGAAAUGAGGCAACAGAGGUUUGUGGGAAUCCUUAAUUCUCUAGAUAUUGUGGCCUUUUUGGCUAGAGCUCAGUGCUUGGAGGAUCAGGAGAAGGCCAUGAAGACCCCGGUUUCUGAGGUGGUUGUUCCUGAUAACUCCCUAUUGAAACAGGUUGAUCCUGCAACAAGAUUGAUUGAUGCAUUGGAGAUGAUGAAGCAAGGUGUAAAGCGUCUUCUAGUCACCAAAGGCACAGUAUGGAAAGGCAUGAGUAAACGAUUCUCAAUCCUCUACAAUGGUAAGUGGCUCAAGAAUGUAGAUUCCAGCAACAACCUCACCAUCAACACCAGUCGCCCUUCCUUAUCUUCCGCUAGUUCCAGCCAUGACAAGUUCUGUUGUCUCUCUAGAGAAGAUAUCAUCCGUUUUCUGAUUGGUUGCCUUGGCGCUCUAGCUCCACUCCCUCUUUCCUCCAUCUCUGCUCUUGGAGCCAUUAACUUGAACUAUCAUUCAGUUGAGGCCUCGCUUCCAGUCAUUGAGGCUACACAAAAGCUAUCGCAAGACUCCUUCGCUGUUGCCAUUGUUGAGCCCAUGCCAGAUGGUCGCUGUAAGAUUAUAGGGGAAAUAUCAGCCUCCAGAUUAUGGAAAUGUGAUUAUUUGGCUGCAGCAUGGGCUUUAGCCAAUCUUUCAGCUGGGCAGUUUGUGAUGGGGGCAGAUGACAAUUUGACUACAAGAUCAUUUCCUGACUUUACAGUCAACUCAACAAAUGGCGAGAAUAAUAUGUUUAAUGAUGGUGGAUCAACAAGAGCAAGGAAAUUCAGCAGCAGGAGCAUUGGUUUCAAUCCAGGAAGCUCAAGUUUUGGAAUUGGCAGGAGCAUGUAUAGGGGCAGAAGUGCACCCCUAACAUGUAAACUUUCGAGUUCAUUGGCUGCUGUCAUGGCUCAGAUGCUGUCUCACAGGGCAACCCAUGUAUGGGUGACUGAGGAUAAUGGCGAUGAUGUUUUAGUCGGCGUGGUUGGUUAUGCAGAUAUUCUGAUUGCUGUGACCAAACCACCUUCAUCCUUUAUUCCUGUUAAUCGAUCGUCUGAGGGUUUUGCAGCUGAAGUUCUAAGUUGACUUUUAUUUAUUUGCUAUAUUUGCAUUUCCUGUGAUUGUAGUUAAGAAGCUUUACUUUAGCAGUUUUGGAGGGGUGAGGGAUUUAUGCUUAAUGGGGUUUCAUGUAAGUUUAUUGAUGAGUUGUAUAAUCUUGUAAUAGUAAAAUAAUGUUCAGAUGCAAUGUGUGCCUCUUGUAUACUCUUGAAUAAUGGAUUUUUAAAAAAUCUUUUUUCACCUA